CACGUACUUCUAUUUCAAACGGAUAAGUAACUGGAUCCUAGCUUUCAUCACAUGUGAGAGAUGUCUCUGUAUUGUUCAACCAAUCAAAGUGCGCGACAUAAUUACCCCAAGUAGAUCAGUUGCUACCCUGGUCAUAAUUUGUGUCGCCAUGGUAGCGUUACUGUCGCCAAUGUACGCUUCAUCCAUUUUGUCGUCCACACUAAAUUCGGAAACCAACCAAACUUCACCAAUG